CACCGACGACCAACCUCCUAACCCUCUCCUUGACUUGUUACCUCUUCAUUGAGGCUCGACUCAUCUACAAAGUCAAGAACUAGCCUUUCAAACUUCUUCACGAACCAAUCCGAAACCGAAAAUGUCAACGUCACUUGCUCUCAUUAACGAAAUCAUCCAGAACCCGGCGUUCCAUGACUACCUUGCCAUCCUCAAAGGCGCUCGCAAUGGGUUCGUUUAUGGCGUUAAAGUGCGGUUCCCUCAUGCACUUGUGAUGUCUAUCUUGUUUGGACGCGGAGAUUGGCAGUCAAGAGCACGAAACAUCUUCCGAGCUACGAAACAGCAUGCCUUCAAUCUUGCCAAAUUCGUGACGAUCUACAAGACGCUGCUCUUGAUGCAGAAGAAGAUGAAUCAAGGCAAGGAGAGGAGUUUGGAUACCUUUAUCGCCGGUCUUAUUGGAGGAUAUUUCGUCUUUGGAGAGCGGAAUGCUGUGAAUGAACAGAUCGUUCUCUACGUCGUAUCCCGAGUAGUCGCCUCCUUCAUUCCUCGCGCGUCUUCCGGGUACAACACCUCCCCGGACUCUGCUCUGGCCGGUACCCCCGUCAAACCCCUCCCACCCAACUCGAAGUACUUCACCGUCUUCGCGGCUCUUUCCUGGGGCGCUGUAAUGUGGCUCUUCAGGCACCGAGGCCAGACGAUCCAACCGGGCAUGUUCAACUCUAUGAAAUACCUCUACCUCGAUUCGGAACACUGGAAAGAUCUCCGGACGCUUUUCUGGCAUAACACUUAGAGAGGUGCACCACCCCACCUAUCUUUAUUCUCAGGAAAUAUUAGAGGGGGAUUUGGGGGGUAUACCCGGUAGAGGAGAGAGGG